AUGUCGUCAGGCGUAUUAGCAUUAAUUGUUGUGUCGGUGAUUCUAAUCAGCAGCGCAAACAGCGAAAAUGCAUACACCUAUGUUGAUCAAGAACAGCUGAAUGAUACCUCGUUUCUAUCGUGGAAAGACUUAAGGAAUGAAGUUCGGCAAGGAGAUGCAGUCACCUACGAACUGGGCACGCCACAAUAUCAAAUAUUAAAUGCUGAUGAGCCAAUUGAAAUCAUCACAGCGGACCAACCCGGUUACUAUGAGAGUCUCAGACGUUAUGAGCAGGCUGCAAAAAAACCGAAAACGCAGCAAGAGCAGUCAACCACUCAAACGCCAAAGAAAGCAGAGUUGCAGCAAAUGACAGAGCAGACCGAGGCUCCAGUGUCGUCAGAUGAUAAGAAGAUUAAGUUUGUAAUCUUUCAAUCAAAGGAUAAGAGUAAAGGGAGCAAAAAGCUAGUCGGUAUGCGCAAAUCGAAAAUCCAGCAAGAUGCUAUGUUAGCUGAAUCACGCGACAAUGACCAUCAAUUGAAGCCUAAAAAGUGCAAGCACAACAAAUUGCCUGAAAGAGCUGAGAGUAGCAAACUAUCUACAUUUAGUUCGCAAAUAGACCGCUCAACGCUUGAGGAUCAAUCGAACAUGAACAGUGCUAGCUCUGUCAUAACAGACUCCCGUCAUCAGCAUGACAAAGAAAUUCAAACAAUUUUCCAACAUUUCGCCACAACACCACAGCCUCUACAGCCACUGAGAAUGAGCGAGCAUAUUUAUACCACACAAUCUACGAUUGUCACUCAAAAUAGCCAUGCAGCUACGUCUGCGCUUGAUCAGUCAAAUAAUGAACCCAUAACUGCUGGAUCCAUACAAUAUGCACCGCUAUCUGCAAUACCAACGCCAGUUGAAACCCUUCCAGACUCGUCGCCAAUGUUUCUUUUAGACGGAACUCGAGUCUCGCACAUAAGCUCAUCUCAUCGAAACAGCAAUCCUGAACGACUUUACGAAGCAAAAGUGAAUGCGAAAUAUCCCUAUUAUGCUGCGCCACCACAUAUUAGAGAUUUCGAGUAUUUAUAUCGCUCCGCAUUGGCAAUGAAUGAGCAAUAAAAUUAAAUUUUUACUUGAGAUAGUGUUAACUUCUAAAGAAUAAAGAAAAAAUCGAAUGAUCAGCUGACAUCCUCUGAUAAGUUCAACGAA